GUACAGCAGAACUUCCCCAAGUGCUAAUGCUGUCGCAAGUGAAUUUUCAUCCUCCGUGCCUUAUACCUUUAUCUUGACCUUCCUAAGGUAUUUGUUUUCUUCUCCAACAAGGGAAGCGAGAGCGUAGAAGUGUUUGCGGCAUUUCAGGUACCAUCGCCUUUAAUAAAGGGCAGAUUGAUAUCGGUGUUUAGGGGCUUCUCGGCUCUCCGACUUGCGCAAAUAGUCGAACCCCGAAACGCUAUUCUCCGGGGGAUGGGUACAAUCCGGCAAGUUGGGUUGGUGAUUCUGGGCAUUUCGUUCUUUACUUUUAUUGCUCUGUUUGGCCAUGUUCCGAGAUUAAGAUCCACUCCUAUAGGUUGGAUAAACCGAUUCAUGUGGAGCGUCUUCCCGAGAUGGCUUUCCUAUAUUGAUAGAAGAUUUACGGGAGGUUACAUUGGCCCUUUGGUCUCUGGGAUCGGGAACUACCUGAUGAAUGAAAAACACCCCGUGAUAAUGGCAUUCUACCUCACUCUUGAUUUUUGUCCCCAUUGUCGGUAUUCUGCCCGCGCACUGCGGGUCUAUCCAUACGACCAUGUGAACUUCCGUCCAGGGGUAAUUUGUAGGACCUGCCACCUCCGGAAACCCGCGAGAUCGAAACAUUGCUCAACAUGCAAACAUUGUAUAGCCAAGCACGAUCAUCACUGCGUGUGGAUCAACAAUUGUGUCGGACAACUCAACAUACGACACUUUAUUUACUUUUUGGGAGCAACUGAUGCCCUUUUAACAUAUGGCGUUUAUCUCACCUUUGAUAUUCUCCAAAACGUGUUCAUGCUCCGAGCAGUCAUACCAUCUAAUGUACCAAUGUCAAGUCUUCCCUGGUCAAUCUACAUGCACCUCCUGGGAAUAAUGAUAGUCGAGGAAAUCUACAUAGGCGCAGUAUUCCUCCUAGCAUCACUAACCGGAAUCCUUAGUUACGGCUUCACAAUCUACCAUCUCUACCUAAUAUGGGCCGGCACAACCACUAACGAAACCAUAAAAUGGUCAGACUGGCAAGACGAUAUCAAAAAUGGUGACAUCCUAAUAGCAGAACCGGACGAGAGCCCACCCUAUGCUGAAGACGACGAAUAUGACGAAGACGAGCUCUGCCGGCACUGGCCAAAACGCACAACACAGCUGUUCUACCGCCGGGACCCUGAGAAUGUGACAGAGUUACCUCGCGGGUUCUUAUGGCGCAGGGUUGAGUCCCUGAGUGAGAUGGAUAAUGUAUACGAUUUGGGGUGGAGUAAGAAUUUUCGAGACGUGUUUUGGCCUCGGGAGUUGUAGAUCUGAUUGGUUAUUUGUUUUGGCUAUUCGGGCUGAGAGAUUGCGGGUAGUUCUUGGGUUUGGUAGAUUAUUAUAUUAUGGCUUCUGGAGUUUGCGUGGAAUUGGAUAAAUCAAUGGAUGUUAGCCCAUCA